GCUAAAGAUGGUAGCUGACAGUCGUGCUACUUAUGUAGCUUUCAAGCGAUAUGUUAUUCUCUUAAUAAACAAAAUACAAUAUCCACAGGUCAACUUUGUUUUGACGUAAAGGAUCAUUAGCUGAAACUGAGGAGAUAUGGGUUGCAAGCUAUCUACCUUUUCCACAUGGGGGGAAAAAACGCUGGGCAGACGCUUGGUAGCUACCUAACGUUAGCUGUUUUCUACAAGGUACCUGGUGUGUGGACUUCCUGCUGUCUUCUUCUACAGGUCAUCUAAAGUGUAUGGACUUCCUGCUGUCUUCUUCUACUACAGGUCAUCUAAAGUGUAUGGACUUCCUGCUCUCUUCUUCUACACGUCAUCUAAAGUGUAUGGACUUCCUGCUCUCUUCUUCUACACGUCAUCUAAAGUGUAUGGACUUCCUGCUGUCUUGCCAUUGACUGCAUUGUUGUUGUUCCCACCAGCAGGACAACAUGAGUGGAGAGAAGGAGGCAUUGCUGGAAGAAAUCGAACAGAGUUUAUUUACUCUAACUAAGGAUAAUUUACUUUACCUGUGUGAACGUUGUGGAAUAGAUGGCUCCCAAGUUAAAGGAAAGAACCAUCGCUCGUUGCGACGUAAAAUCAUGGAGGAAAUGUGGGAAAAUGCAGAUUCAGUGAAAUCGGAGGAGCAGGGAAUGUCUUGGUUACUCCGACUGAAAGAUGACAUCAGAAAGAUGCAUGAAGAAUCUCGUGUGGGACCCAUGAGUCCCAGCCAGUCUGAUGACGACGACGAUGCUACAACCUGCGAUGAGGAAUGGGCCAUGCAGGACAAGGAUUGGUUUCCUAGCAACGGGCUGGAGGCGGAGUCAUCUCCAGAGAGGCAUAGCCCAGAGCAGAGGGAGAGUGGUGACAAGCCUACUUCGUCACCUUCCUCCCUCCAGUCCCUGGGUUGUACCUCUCCCAGGAGCGCCUUACUGCGGGGUCUGAAGAGGGCGUCUGUGUGGCUGGACGACUGCAGGAAAACACCCGGGCUGAGUGGAACUGUGAGAGGAGGAGAUGAAGAGGGAGAUUUGACUGAUCAAAGAGAGAGACAUGACUAUCCUGGAUCCUCUGGGGCGCCUCAACAACAUCCUGAUGCUGACGAGGCAGAGAAGAGUCUCUCCAGAUCAGAACACCUCAAGAAACAUGAAUGGAGACCCACAGAGAUGAAACAUCACCGCUGCUCUGACUGUGGGAAGAGUUGCAAAUCUUCAUCAGCACUAAAAAAACACCAGACAAUCCAUACAGGAGAGAAACCUUAUAGCUGUUCCCAGUGUAGGAAGAGUUUUGCUCAGUUACAAGAACUGAAAGUACACCAGAGAACACACGCAGGAGAGAAGCCUUAUAACUGUGAUCAAUGUGGAAAGAGUUUUUGUUAUUCAAGCCAGUUUAAAGUACACCUGCAGAGACACACAGGCAAAAAGCCUUAUAGCUGUUCAGACUGUGGGACGAGCGUUUGUACCUCAAGUCAGCUGUUAUUGCACAAGCGAACCCACACAGAAGAGAAGCCUUACAGCUGCUUACUGUGUGAGAAAAGAUUUUCGUCAAAAUACAGUCUGAAAGUACACCAGAGGGUCCACACUGGAGAAAUUAAUUAUGGCUGUGAUCAGUGUGAGGAGAGUUUCACCUCGUCAGUAGACCUCAGAACUCACCAGAGAAUCCACACCGGAGGGAAACCUCACCUCUGCUCCCAGUGCGGGAAGCGCUUCCGCCAACAGUCUGGUUUGAAAAGCCAUGAGAGGAUUCACACAGGAGAGAAACCUUUCCAGUGCUCCCACUGUGGGAAGACAUUCAGCCACAGGGCCACGUUUAAGGCACACCAGCGGACUCACACCGGAGAGAAGCCUUACCAAUGCUCCCAGUGCAGGAGGAGUUUCUCCCAAAUGGGCCACCUGAAAGUACACCAACAGACGCAUGCUAAAGUGAGGUCUCACCUCUGCCCGCAGUGUGGUAAGGGCUACUACUCUCUAGACAUCUACAAUGCACACAUGAGAACACACAACGGGGAGAAGACUCACCAUUGCGCCGACUGUCCCAAGAACUUCCUCACCCUGACUCAGCUCAAAACACACAAGCGGACACACACAGGAGAGAAACCGUACGUCUGUGACCAGUGUGGGAAGAGCUUUGCCGAAUCGGGAAGCCUGACUCUACACCAGCGCUCGCACACCGGGGAAAAACCUUACCACUGCUCUGAGUGCGGGAAGAGCUUUGCUCGCUCCGGGGCACUGAAGAAGCACCAGCUUACACACACUGGGGAGAAGCCUUACAGCUGUGGUCAGUGUGGGAAGAGGUUUCCCAGGUCAGAUACUCUGGCUACACACAUGAGAACACAUACAGGAGAGAAGCCCUAUAGGUGUGAUCCAUGUGGUGAGAGGUUCUCCUAUCAUAGGUGCCUGGUGAAACACAUGAAAACACAUGUAGGAGAUACACCAGCCCUCGAGCGACCAAUCACCCUAGGCCUCGGGGUUGAAUGACCUAUCCAUCAACCAAUCACACCAGGCCUAGGGUAAAAUUGAAAUGUCUAACAGAUUUAAACAUGAACAGCAUGGUAGCAAUUGAAAGAAAAAAUGUUGAGCACACAACAGUUCACCUGACACAAGACUGAAUCCAAACAUUACUGUUGAUUUGAUUUCUGUACUUUAGGCCACAUUGAUAACAUGUUACUGAACAGCCAUUGCGUUCCAAUUUCAACCUGUAUUCGGGUGUAAAGCGUUAAUGGCAUAUAACAUUAUUAGUUUUAUUAUUCUAUAUUGUUAUUAACAUGUUUUUUUUUUGCUGAGUGUUGUAACAUGGUGCCAAUUUCAAGGCUAUAUUUCUUGAGUUGAUUUCAGAAUGUGUUGACCCUGAUUUGUUAGAUACUACCCCGCCCUUCCAGCACUUACAAGCUGAAUUGUUACGUUGUUGACUUGUUUAUACGUUUCUAAAGAUCUGUUUUAUACCAGGUUCUGACAUGCAUCCUUUUGUCCUGAUCUGGUCCACGUUCUGAUUGUGACCACAUUUUAAGACCGGGUGUAGACAAUUAAAGGACACGUUGCGAUCAGAUCUUCCUGCCCCGGAGGUAUUCAGGCACACAUUGAUGGAUCUGGACAGAUGGUUGCUGAUAAUGGGCCUAUGUAGAUCAUCCAUACAAAAUUAGCUGUUUUCCAGCUACAAUAGUCAUUGACAACAUUAACCAUGUCUACACUGUAUUUAUGAUGAAUUUUAUGUUAUUUUAAUGGACAAAAUGUGCUUUUCCUUCUAAAACAAGGACAUUUCUAAGUGACCCCAACCUUUUGAACGGUAGUAUAUGUUUAUAUAUAAAGCUACAGUUGUAGUCCCAAAUGGAACCCUAUUCUCUAGGACAUAUAUAA